GCCAGCCACAAUGUCUCUCGCACGCUUCGGAGGUCCUCUCGCGCGCGCAAGGUGCUCGCCGCAGCCGCAAUGGCAUGCAGCACGUGCCCUCUCCAGCUCCACACUCCGCUCCGCCAAAGCGGACAAUGAACUCAAUUCGGUCAGCAGGCACAUUACCCAGCCCAAGUCGCAGGGCGCCUCGCAGGCCAUGCUGUACGCCACGGGUAUGAGCGAGGAGGACAUGAACAAGGCCCAGGUCGGCAUCUCGUCUGUGUGGUACUCGGGCAAUCCGUGCAACAUGCACCUCAUGGACCUGAACAACAAGGUCAAGGAGGGUGUAGAGCGGGCGGGGCUAUUGGGCAUGCAGUUCAACACCAUUGGUGUCAGUGAUGGUAUAUCCAUGGGUACAAAAGGCAUGCGCUACUCGCUGCAGUCGCGUGAGGUUAUUGCAGACUCAAUUGAGACUGUCAUGGGCGGCCAGUGGUAUGACGCCAACAUCUCCAUCCCCGGCUGCGACAAGAACAUGCCUGGUGUCAUCAUGGCUAUGGGACGCGUCAACAGACCUUCGCUCAUGGUCUACGGCGGCACCAUUCAGCCCGGCUGCGCAAAGACUCUCGAAAACCAACAGAUCGACAUUGUCUCCGCCUUCCAGGCGUACGGACAGUUCAUCACGGGUGAGAUUACCGAGGAUCAACGUUUCGACAUUAUCAGGCAUGCUUGCAACGGACAGGGUGCAUGCGGAGGCAUGUACACGGCAAAUACAAUGGCUACCGCGAUUGAAACCAUGGGCAUGUCGCUCCCUGGCUCUUCUUCGAACCCGGCCAACUCCAAGGCCAAGAUGCUCGAGUGUCUAGCCGCCGGUGGCGCCAUCAAGAACCUGCUCAAGGAGGAUAUCCGGCCUAGUGACAUUAUUACCCGCCAAGCGCUAGAGAACGCCAUGGUUGUCAUCAGCAUUACUGGUGGCUCGACCAAUGCUGUUCUUCACUUGAUUGCCAUUGCCGACUCGGUUUGUCUCAAGCUGACCAUUGACGAUUUCCAGAGCGUCAGUGACCGCAUCCCACUGUUGGCCGAUUUGAAGCCUUCUGGCAAGUACGUCAUGGCCGAUAUUCACGACAUUGGUGGCACACCAUCACUUUUGAAGUUCCUGCUGAGGGAGGGCCUUCUUGACGGAAGCCAGAUGACCGUCACUGGUAAGACGCUGAAGGAGAACUUGGAGACAGUCAAGGACUUCCCUGCCGAGCAGAAGAUUAUCAGGCCGCUCAGCGAGCCUUUGAAGUCGACUGGUCACUUGCAGAUCCUGAGAGGAUCUCUUGCCCCCGGUGGCUGCGUUGGCAAAAUCACCGGUAAGGAGGGCACACAGUUUACCGGAAAGGCAAAGUGCUAUGAUGCCGAAGACGACUUCAUUACCGCUCUUGAGCGCGGUGAAAUCAAGAAGGGAGAGAAGACGGUUGUGGUUAUCCGAUACGAAGGCCCCAAGGGCGGACCUGGUAUGCCUGAGAUGUUGAAGCCCAGCUCCGCCAUCAUGGGCGCUGGCCUUGGCAAGGAUGUUGCACUCAUCACAGAUGGUCGCUUCAGCGGUGGCAGCCACGGUUUCUUGAUUGGCCACAUUGUGCCUGAGGCGCAGGAAGGGGGCCCUAUUGGUCUUGUCCAGGACGGCGACGAGAUCACUAUCAACUCUGAAUCGAACGAACUGAAUAUCGGUGUUAGCGAACAGGAGCUUGCUGAGAGGAGAAAGAAGUGGACCGCACCUCCACUGAAGUACCAAAAGGGUACACUGUUUAAGUACGCGCGCUUUGUCAUGGAUGCCAGUCAAGGCUGCAUCACCGACUCGGAAUGAUUUUAAUGAUAUCACGCCAUGCUAAAAUUCAAUUUGUAAGUACGUAGGUUUGGCCGUAGUAGGCCAGAAAAGCAGUUU